CCUCUUCAGGCGUCCGAGGCGGCGAUCGCGGCUCAGUAUCCACCAUCACCCACUGCUCCGUCGUCGACUUCGCCGUCGCCGGCGCAAGCGCAUUUCCCGUCGAUAGCGAAGUCGAGCACUCAGCCAAGGUCUUCCAUUUCCCAAAGACCGUCAGCUGAAGCUGACCCCAGCGAUACGAGAUCCGUGAGAUCCGUGCUAACUCCACCUCCUCUGCUUCGAGGAUCGAAUUCUUCAAGCUCUCAAGGGCACAGUCGCGAGUCAUCCCUGCGCUCAAAAUUGUCCAUGUCGGCCUUGCGUUCCAACACGUCUGGACCCGUCACUCCUGUGGAUGACAAACGGUUCGAGAUAGAGACGGUUCACGUGAAGGACACCGACUUCCAGUUGAUCAAGCCCAUUCCACCUGUGGCGAAUAGCAACAGCGACGACUCGCUGGCAAACUCGGCCCGCGACUCUAAGAACGACUCCCGCUUCCUACGCACAGACAGUCCAUCGGUGUCCAUGCUGUCUGGUGGGACGUCGGUCGGAACGUCUUCUCCUUUGGCUGAACAAUUUGAUGCACACCCUGCUUCCCCGGUGGUAGAGUCUCCGACGGCUGCCGAAGCGCAUCGUCAGCGCGAACUACGGUGGAUAUCGCUCAUGACAUCGACACCGGCCGGACAAGCAAGGAAGAGCAAGAAGGUCAGGAAGCUUCUGCUCGAGGGUGUGCCUGCGUCCGUUCGACAUUUGGUGUGGGCAAACCUGGCCAAUAGUGCGGGCAAGCGUAUGGACGGUCUGUAUGCCAAACUCAGCCAGCGUGGUCGUGUACCCGCGUCCAAUGACAUCGAGAGAGAUGUGCGGAGAUAUUUCAACAACCAGCCUUUACUCCAGGACACCAACAGCCCGGUGACCACGCUCUUGCAAGCGUACUUGACAAUGGUCCCCGAUAUCCGUUAUAACACAGGCCUGUGCUUGAUCACUGGGCAUCUACUGCAACAAGCCCCUGAAGAGGAAGCGUUCUGGAUCUUUGUCUCGAUCAUGGACACGCAUCUCCGUUCCUACUUUUCGCCACUGAACGUUCAGGCCGAGGUUGAUGGCAGUCUGUUGCUAAAAGCAAUCGAAGCUAACGAACCUGCCAUCGCCAAGAAGCUCAGCGAUACCGGUAUCACAGCAGGGACCGCGUGUCGACACUGGUUCUGCUCCCUCUUCGUGACUACUUUGCCCACAAGCCAUGUCUCUCGUGUGUGGGAUAUUUUCCUGUGUGAAGGCAUGCCCUUCCUCUUCCGCGUCGCCUUGGCAAUACUGUCCUCAUGUCGCCGGUUGCUUCUUGACGCACGCUCCCCUGAAAGACUCACCGAACUUCUCUUCCAACCGCCGCCCGACAUGCUUCCUCCGACCCCUGACGCCCUAAUCUCUCUCGCGCACUCAAUGAAGCUCAAGGACGACGACCUCAUGAAAACCCGUCAGAAAUUGGAAACGCAGCUGAAGCGACAAAAUCAGGGCCGGGCCCUUCGUUCGACGAUCACCACCAACGGCAGCGCCCCGCCCUCGAUUUCAUUACCUCGGGCAUGAGUCUAACUCCAAGCUAUUGCACCCUAAUAGUAUAUUUACUCGCAUUCUUAUUAACCCCCCCUUUUUUCUUGCAUCAACUUUCCGCAAUCAUGUCCGUCCCACCGCAGUUCAUAUAUACACCUCCU